AUGUCGGCACUCGCCAGUCUGAAGUCGGGCCUGACCCAGGCUCAGUGCACCCCCGUGCCCUUGCCGGCCCUGGGCACCCAGAGGAUCAUCCAGGGCAACGGCACCACGGUGGGCACGGUCAUCUCCCUGCAGUGCCCGGCCAAACACACGCUGGUGGGGAGGCAGCUGAUGUGUGUCAUGGACACCAACAGCACCCACUGGGUGGGGGGCACCUACUGUAAACCGCCGUCUCCCUUUGAGGACUACGGUUUCCGCGUGGCCGUGCUGGCGUCCAUCGUGAGCUUGGCCGUCAUCUUCUUCAUGUCCGUGGCCUUCAUCACCUGCUGUUUGCUCGACUGCAUCAGAGAGGACAAGAGGAAAAACCACGAGAGGGAGUCCGAAAUGUGGCAGUGGGAGGAGCAGGCCCAACAUCAGGGGGACGACAGGUCUCGCGACGGCCAUCAAGGCAGGAACAACAACAACAACAACAACAACCCCCAGGACAAAGCGCAGUCCCUGCGGGACGCCGGGACCCCGGCCGUGUGCGACAACACGCGAUCCUGCAGAUGUCAUCAGCUCGGCCCCGCCGCCCCGCGUCAGACGCUCCCCGGCUACGACUACAACCGGCCUCUCUUACCCAGAAGCCCGAUGUCCGCGGAGGCCUCCUCGGGUCCGCCCGAAUACAACGGACCUCCUCGGUCCCGUCAGACUACGAACCCGGGCCUGCCCCGGGUCUCGGCGGCGGGGGGGAGGCCGCACGGAGGACGGCACGGCGGCUUGCCGGGAGUGAAGCCGCCCACCGCGGAUGAGGCGAGCGCGAGGAGCGCGAGGCCCGCCCAAGACUCUUCCAUCCGGAUUAUCUCAGUGUGAGGACGAACGAACAUCGGUCAAGAACUUGUUUCCGGGCCAGAACGUGUCGGUCCGCACCGCGAGGACUACGGGGAGAAAUAACUGAGCGUCGCUGAUCUCGUCGUCCUGAUGGAAUCUGCAGUUGUGCUCAGUGUGGAGGCUCUAGAGCAGAGGCGGCCGACACGGGGCCCGCGGCCACCUGGUCGACCCGCGGGGACCACUGAGUCGCCCGCAAGGCGUGUUCUAAAAAUAGAACAAGUCGACAUUGAGCGACAAAACAACAACAACAACAAAAA